GCUAGCACACGCCCAAACAAUAGAUUUUGGCUUAAAUACUAUAUAACUUGAUGCUGAUGUUUGAACAAAAAAAAAAAAAAAAAAUUGAAUAGUUGUCUAACCUUUAAACUAAUACAACGUAAUGCAAUAGCAAUAUAUGUCUGUAUGUAUCUUCAAACGGUUGAGUUGUUGGUGUUUGUUUGAUGUAACUGUCUGGGAUACCUGAAAAGGCUAACCUACCAUACUGUUAUGGUAAACACCGCCUUUCACGAAAAGCGGGGAUGUAUUUUCCAAACGCACUUCCGUACUCAGACCAAACGAAACAUCGUUUUUAAGACGGUCUGUUAUAGCAUCUUUUCACGAUCACAUUCAUUGUGUUGGGUUGACAGCUACGCAUGUGAAACUGCUUCAUUCGAGCGUCUUUUUUUCCUGCGACUUUACAUUGUAGCUGCCUGUGCAGUUUCGCCAUUCGUACUCUGAGUUGUAGUGGCUCCACCUUAACAAACCGAUGUCAGUUUUUCAUGCAGUUCUUUUUUUUUUUUUGCAUUGACGUCAGUGCAUACAGCACAAAACAGAGGCUUUCUUCAUAUUUCCCUAUGCUGCUGUGGUUAGAAUAUGGACCGAACAGCCAGACAAUGGUACCGAUUUUAAGGCAGUCUGACUGCGACAGUUGUUGAUUUCUCUCCCAUCAAUUUGAAGAGGACACAGUGUCCAAGGAUACCCGCAACACGACCACCGUUGCCCAGUGUGCGGCCCAAACAGAAACCCACCACGGCAGCGCCAGGCAUCAUGAUGGAGGGGGGCAUGCAGCUGCUCAACCGCGAUGGGCACAGCAUCUCGCACAACUCAAAGCGGCACUACCAUGAUUCCUUCGUCUCCAUGAACAGGAUGCGACAGCGCGGUCUGCUGUGUGACAUCGUGCUUCAUGUCUCCAACAAAGAAAUCAAGGCGCACAAAGUGGUCCUGGCGUCCUGCAGCCCAUACUUCCAUGCCAUGUUUACCAAUGAGAUGUCUGAGAGCCGGCAGACACAUGUGACCCUCCAUGACAUCGACCCUCAGGCUUUGGAGCAGCUCAUCCAGUACGCCUACACAGCAGAGAUUGUGGUUGGGGAAGGUAACGUGCAGACCUUGCUUCCAGCAGCGAGCCUGCUGCAGCUCAACGGGGUGAGGGAUGCAUGCUGCAAGUUCCUCCUCAGUCAGCUGGACCCCUCCAACUGCCUGGGCAUCCGUGGCUUUGCAGACACGCACUCCUGCAGCGACCUGCUCAAGUCGGCGCACAAGUACGUGCUACAGCACUUUGUGGAAGUGUCCAAGACAGAGGAGUUCAUGCUGCUGCCGCUGAAACAGGUCCUUGACUUGAUCUCCAGUGAUAAUCUAAAUGUGCCAUCUGAGGAGGAGGUGUAUCGGGCCGUGUUGAGCUGGGUGAAACACGACAUAGAUGGACGCCGGCAACAUGUGCCUUGGCUGAUGAAGUGUGUGCGGCUACCUCUCCUGAAGCGAGACUUCCUGAUGAGCAACGUUGAUACAGAGCUGCUAGUGCGUCACCAUUCGGAGUGCAAAGAUCUGCUGAUUGAGGCUCUUAAGUACCACCUGAUGCCUGAGCAGAGGGGAGUCCUGAGCAACAGCCGGACACGCCCUCGACGCUGUGAGGGUGCCAGUCCUGUGCUCUUUGCCGUUGGCGGGGGCAGCCUUUUCGCCAUCCACGGAGACUGCGAAGCGUACGACACCAGGACAGAUCGCUGGCACAUGGUGGCAUCCAUGUCCACAAGGCGUGCGCGAGUCGGCGUGGCAGCCAUCGGGAACAGGCUCUAUGCUGUCGGAGGGUAUGAUGGCACCUCAGAUCUCGCAACUGUGGAGUCCUACGAUCCCAUCACCAACUCCUGGCAACCGGAGGUUUCCAUGGGAACGAGGCGGAGUUGUCUGGGUGUAGCUGUUCUGCACGGCCUGCUGUACGCUGCUGGGGGUUAUGAUGGCGCCUCCUGUCUGAACAGUGCAGAGCGUUACGACCCUCUGACCAGUACAUGGACAUCAAUUGCUGCCAUGAGUACCAGAAGGAGAUAUGUUCGAGUAGCAACUCUAGAUGGGAGUUUAUAUGCGGUGGGAGGCUACGACAGCUCCUCACAUCUGGCAACAGUGGAGAAAUACGACCCGCAGAGCAACGCGUGGACCGCCAUCGCUAACAUGCUGAGCCGGCGCAGCAGCGCGGGGGUGGCUGUGCUGGACGGCAUGCUGUACGUCGCGGGAGGCAACGACGGCACCAGCUGCCUGAACUCGGUGGAGCGGUUCAACCCGAAGACAAACACCUGGGAAGGAGUCGCCCCCAUGAACAUACGCAGGAGCACUCAUGACCUGGUGGCUAUGGAUGGGUGGUUAUACGCAGUGGGAGGCAACGAUGGCAGCUCAAGUCUUAACUCGAUUGAAAAAUACAGCCCGCGAAGCAAUAAGUGGGUAGCGGCCUCCUGUAUGUUCACGCGGCGCAGCAGCGUCGGCGUGGCGGUGCUCGAGCUCCUGAACUUCCCGCCGCCUUCCUCCCCCACCCUCUCAGUGUCCUCCACCAGCCUUUGACACGGGGUCACCGUUUGGCUGACUCCAGCCACCGCUGCUACAGCCCAGACUGGAUCUGGGAAGAGACGCAACUGUUCGGUGUGAGAUGCAGAGGAGGAGGACUGCUAGGAGCACAGAAAGCUAGACCGUGUGAAUGAGCCCUCUUUAUUUGGUGCAGUACACUCCAGACUUAUUAGCACACGACUUGCUAACCAGACAUGCUUUACAUAGCAUACAACAUUGAUACAUGACAUUAGUCUAAGGGGAAAAUCUAAGGAUUUUUAAAUAAUAACAAUAGUAAUAAUAUUGAUGAUACAAUUAUAAUUAAUACAUUUUAUUUUAUUUAUUAAAGAUUACCCCCUAUAUGUUAGUUUUUCCUUUUUUUUUGUUGCCAUGUUGCUGUUAGCUCUUAACUGCACCCUAUCUGGUUUGGAUGCCUGAGAGUCCCCUGUCUAUCACAACCAUACCCCUCAAAACGGAUUUCUUAAAUAAACAAAACAAACAAACAAAAAAAGGUGUGCCCACCACGAUGAGUGUUUGACACACUCCAAAACAAGGUAGGAGCCUAAUUCUGUAAUGUGUGCUUUCUGGGUUAGAUGUUGUAGUUCUCUGCAAAGCUUUUUCUUUCAUGGAGUUUUCGCAAUAAUGUAUUUUUAAAAAAAAAGGAAACUGGAUGAUUUUUACUUUUGGAAUGCAGCUUUUUAGUGGUCGUACCAUGCAUGUUGACGUAUCGGCACAGACCCCCAAAAAGAUGAGAAACGUAGUUGUAGUGCUGCUGCGCCACACUAGGUGGCAGUAAAGAGCAAUGUUUAAAAGCACUGCAGGAAAGCAUGGACACAAACAACAACCUGGGCCUUCAGAAAUGAGUUUGGAUCUUUAUUUAUAUAAAACAACGAAUAAUACAGAAGUAUAUGUAUUUAUAAAAUCUAAUAUAUUCAAGUUAGAGAUGCUCAGAGGAAGAAACAGACCCAAGCAAUGACUAUUUAAGAGGGUUUUAGAUAUAUUUAUUUAAGCACCUGAUGUGCAUGUCAUGACUGGGAAUGACAAAGAAGAAUGUCUUCGUUUGAGAGCGUUUUUUGUGGGUUCAGAGGGUAUAGAGAGCUGCUUGCUGUGGUAUGAUGUGCAGCGAUUCAGUGCAUUUCUUAAUGUUUAUUCACUGCCACAUGACCCUGAACUUCACUGUAUAUCUGCUAGCAUUCAUUGUCUUUUUCUAUAUUAUUUGGAUAAAACCCAUGUAGGUGCAUUGUUUUCCCCUCAGGAUAGAUGGACUUGGACAGUGGAUGCUGUCCUGUUGCAUUUAUUUAUUACCCCACUUUGAAAUUGAUCCAUCUCUGUUUAAACUGUGGUUAACAUGUGUUUUAAGUUCAACUUUGUUUAAACAGAGUUAAAGUAAAAAUGUAAGGCAAAACUACUUUGUCUAAACUGAGUAAUUCACCUCGAAUCAUUUUGGCCUAGUUAAAGUCAUAGCUGAGUUCAGUUCAUGUGUAGUGCAGUGAUAUCAUUCCAGACUUCUAAGAAGUUGACUUUUCUCCUUAUUUUAAAGGAUUUAGUUCAUCCAUUUUGUUUAUUUUUCUCCCUCCCAAAAACUACCUUCUGUUUCAAUAGUGUGCAAAGAUGUACGAGGUAGACUUGGAGCUCCGAUGGCCUUCAUAAGAAUGUGAUUACUCUGUAAAGGUAUAAGUUAAAAAAACUGCACCAAUUCACAUAAGACUAAAAGCCUCCAUUCUAUGGAUUGAAAUGUACAUAUAUUGCUCAGUUCUGUUUGUGCAAUCUCAAUGUGACUGUAGUCUAUUUUCAGUUUGUGGUUGAUGUUGUGAUACUUGUUUAUUUAUGACAUGUUUGUUAUUUAUGACAGAUUUUAAUAUGUUGAAUUUUUGCACUAUUGCGAAGUGGAGCAAUAUCGUACACUUGAAAAUAAAAUAAAGAUGUUUUGAGAUGUGA